AUGAAGCUCCCCUUCCUCUCCUCUGAGAAACACGGCAGUGGCGACUCACCCCCCGCCUCCCUCGAUACUAAGCAACAAGUCCACUACGAGCAAAACUACCCCGGCGCCAACACCGGAGUCUCAGCAGAAGAAGCAGGACUCGGCUACCCUACCACCGGCGCCUACGAUGAAGACCUGCCCGUUCCCUGCCCGCCGCACACCACGGAAAGAAAGCUGGUCACCAAGAUCGACCUCCACGUCGUUCCAUUUCUCUGCGUGCUGUACCUCGCCGCCUUCCUCGACAGAAUCAACAUCUCAAACGCUAAUGUCUUCGGCCUCUCGGAAGAUCUCAAGCUCGAAGGGGACCAGUUCAACACAGCUCUGGUGAUCUUCUUCGUGCCGUAUGUGCUGUUUGAGAUCCCGAGCAACGUUUUGUUGAAGCGGUUCAAGCCACAUAUCUGGCUGAGUGGCAACAUGUUCAUGUUUGGAUUCGUUACGAUCAUGCAGGGACUGGUCCAGAACUACAGUGGGCUACUCGCCACGAGGUUCUGGCUCGGAUUUUUCGAGACUGGGAUGUUUCCAGGAUGUUUCUAUUUAAUAGGGAUGUGGUAUCGUCGACAUGAAGCGCAAAAACGAUAUUCGUUCUUUUUCAGCUCGACAACGUUAGCGGGAGCCUUCGGCGGUCUCCUGGCCGCGGCCAUUGGCAAAAUGGACGGAGUUGCAGGCUAUCAAGGCUGGCGCUGGAUCUUCAUUCUCGAAGGCUGUGGCACCGUCCUACUCUCGUUUAUCUUCUUCUUCACCCUCCCAGGCUUUCCGGAGCAGGUCAAGUGGCUAUCGCAAGAAGAGAAGAACUAUGUCAGCGCCAGACUCCGAGUCGAUCAGGGCAAAUCGGCGGUCGAGCGGUCCAUCACGAUCAAGGAUGUCGGGAAAGUGUUCAAGGACUACAAAGUCGUCGUGGCGGGCUUCAUGUACUUCGGGCUUAUCGUUCCAGCUUACAGCUACGCGUACUUCAGCCCCGGCAUUAUUCAAGGCUACGGGUACGGCAAGAUCCAGACACAACUACACAGCGUCCCUCCGUGGGCCGCCGCCUUCGGCUUCGCUAUGUUAAUGGCCACGAUCUCGGAUUACACGAAACACCGCUUCGCGUACGCCGUCUUCAGCAUCUGUGUGGCGAUCACUGGCUUCGGGAUCCUAAUCGCGGUACACGACUAUCGGAGCUUGCAAUACGGCGCCUUAUUCAUGGUGACCAUGGGAACAUACACCGCAAUGCCCAUCAUCGUCUGCUGGUUCAACAUGAACCUAGGAGGCCACCACCGCCGCGCGGUGGGUUCCGCAUGGCAAGUUGGCUUUGGCAAUAUCGGUGGGAUCAUCGCCGUCUACGCCUUCCUCAAAAAGGACGGUCCGAAGUACAUCCCGGGCUACAGCAUCUGCAUCGCCUUCACCAUCCUCAGCAUCAUCGCGUGCGUCAUCUACGGCCUGGGCUGUUGGGCGGAGAACAAGAAGCGGGAUAGCCAGGCGACGGAUGUGGGGCUGACGGAGUGGGAGAAGACGGAGAUGGGGGAUAAGAGUCCUGAUUAUAGGUACUUGCUGUAG